UACUUUUACUACUACUACUACUAAGUAGAAGAAGAAGAACGGCAACAAUACUAGUAGUAUUUUUACUAUUACUACUACUAGUAGUAGAAGAAGAGGAAGUGCUACUACUACUACUAGUAAUAAUAAUAAUAAGAGAAGAAGAAGAGCAACAAUAAUACUACUAGUAGUAGUACUUUCACUACUACUACUACUACUACUGAUAAUAAUAAGAAGAAGAAGAAGAAGAAGAGGAAGAAGAACAACAAUACUACUACUACUACUACUAGUAGGAGUAAUAGUAGUAAUAAUAAUAAUAAGAAGAAGAAGAAGAAAAAGAACAACAACAAUACUACUACUACUGCUACUACUAGCAGUGGUAGUAAUAAUAAUAAGAAUAAUAAUAAGAAGAAGAACAAAAACAACAAUACUACUACUACUACUGCUACUACUAGUAGUGGUAAUAAUAAGAAUAAGAUUAAUAAGAAUAAGAAGACCAACAACAACAAAAACAACAAUACUACUACUGCUACUACUAGUAGUGGUAAUAAUAAGAAUAAGAAUAAGAACAACAACAAAAACAACAAUACUACUACUACUACUGCUACUACUAGUAGUGGUAGUAAUAAUAAUAAUAAUAAUAAUAAUAAUAAUAAUAAUAAUAAUAAUAAUAAAAGAAGAAAGGAAGAAGAAGACCAAGAAGAGGAGCAACAACGAUACUAAUAGGGGCUUGUGUAUUGUUCAGAGAGAGCACACUGUCGCUGGCUUCCCGCUUUUGUUUUCGUUUGUUUUGUACUUCGCUUAGCGACGCCUCAGUGAGCAUAGCAGCGGGGACACACACACACUUCAGGACAUUUUUAACAACUUAGCCUCAUGUAAAAGAGGGGAAAAUGGUUGUGUCAGUAGUUUAUCUCACUGUAACUUGAUCAUUUAUUCAGGGUUUGGCGCUGUGAAGCUGAACUGCUAGGUUGUAGGUGAAUAACUGAGGAAAAGAGGCGCUAGCUGGCUAACCCCCGACAGCUAAAUUAGCUAGUUAGCUUUAGCUGUUAAAAAAAAGAAAGAUGCGAGCUGAUUUUUAGCGAGACUGAAACACUUUGUAAGAAGAGCUGUGUUUAACAGACAGGCGAACAAGCUGGGUUAUUCAGACGAGGAGGCAUUUCCAGCUCCUCAGAUGAACCUGGUUAGCUAGCGGAAACGGCUGUUAGCUCGCUUUGGAAAAAUUAGCUACUUUGGCACCCGCGCGAGCGUUUCCACACGAGCCUGGUCCGAGGAAUGGCCACCGCUUCCGGUUUCUCUUCUGGCGUGAGCGGCUCGCGGAGCGGCGCGUCUCUGACCGCGUCCUCGUCCGGAGCGGGCGGCCAGGCGCAGGGCAUGGUGGCGGUGUGGGAGUGGCAGGAUGAUGCGGGAUCGUGGCGGCCCUACAGCGGCCAGGUGAGCUGCUUCAUAGAGCAGUGUCUCCAGCAUCAUCGGAGCGCAGGCCCGACUGUCACCACCAUCUCCCUGGGGCAGAGUGACCCGAGCCUGGCCGCCUACAUCAUCGACAUCCCGAGUCUCAAGCAGUUCCGACAGGACACCGGUAAGAUCCGCUCGGUGCGACGCAGCAUCUUCCCUCAGUCGUCUGCACUGGGCAGCGGCGUGCUCUGGGAAUGGGCCAACGACGAGGGCGGCUGGACGGCAUACGAAAUGCACGUCUCUGGUUUGCUGGAGCACAGUUACGUGGCACACCAGACCACGGCUGACUUGGGACCACAUGGCCAUAACUACGUGGUGGACUUCACAUCGCUCGAACAGGUUAACAAGAGCUCCGGCUAUCGGCGGCGCGUGCGCAGGCAGACCGGCCCUCCGUACCCUCCCGCGGCAGCCUCGGGCAUGGGCUCGGUCAUCCACUCAGGCCCAGCGUGCACGUGCCAGCAGUGUUUGAGCCACGGACCCAUGCCCGGCCGCUCGCGCCACUCUUUCUCGGCUGGAGCCGGCCCGUCCUCGGCAUACUCUCCGUAUCCCAGAAGGCCGCUCUCUGUAGGGAACAUGGCUUGGGGAGGACCCUGGAGCCCAGCAGCUACGUCUAUGGCUCAGCCUCCAGGGCCGGUGCCGUCCUUUCCGAGUACUCCCAACGGCUCGAGCAUUCCAGCUAUUCCCUUACAGCUGAACGGCUCCAGCAGCGUGAGUGCAGCCCUGGCAGGCAUGGCUUCCAUUUUGAUGUCAGCAGCAGGACUGGGAGUUCGCUUCAUGACCAGCCCGUCCGGCAGGCCCAACCAAGCCCAGGCCAGCUCCGUUAAGAGGGCAAAGAGACAGCACAGGACAGCUGCCCAGAAACCUGAAGACGUCAUUAAGAAGUACAUGGAGGAAAUGCGCGUGAUCCCCGACGAGGACUGCAUGAUUUGCAUGGAGCGUCUGUCGUGUCCGUCCGGCUACGACAGCCCUGAAGGUUGCGGCCAGGCCCUGCAGCCCGGCACGGUGGGCAAGUUCACCAAGUGUGGACACACCUUGCACAUGCUCUGCAUGCUGGCCAUGUACAACAACGGCAACAAGGACGGCAGCCUGCAGUGCCCCUCUUGCAAGACAAUCUAUGGGGAAAAGACAGGCACUCAACCAAAGGGCAAGAUGGAAAUAUACAGCAUCCCUCAAUCCCUCCCGGGCCACCCCGACUGCAGCACUAUACAGAUCAUCUACAACAUCCCACCUGGAAUGCAGGGUCCCGAGCACCCCAAUCCUGGCCAGCCGUACACCUGUCGAGGUUUUCCACGCUUCGGCUUCCUGCCUGACAACGACAAGGGCAGAAAGGUUCUGGAGCUGCUAAAGGUGGCGUGGAUGCGGCGGUUGAUCUUCACGGUAGGCACGUCCAGCACGACAGGCGAGCCUGACACGGUGGUGUGGAACGAGAUCCACCACAAGACCGAGAUGAUGUCGAACGUAUCGGGCCACGGCUACCCGGACCCCAACUAUCUGGACAACGUGCUGGCAGAGCUGGCGGCGCAGGGCGUAACCGAGGACUGCCUGAAAAGAGACACGCCUCGGUCACGUGAGCCCGAGUAGCUUGCCAGACCCCUACGCGAAAUCUGUGCAAUCGCUAACCAAGCUUGACAAUAAAGAGACACCGUGUAAGAUCAUAGUAAGAUUUUGGAGCAUGUAGAAAUGCUUGGAUUAAUGGCGUAUAAUCGUAAGAUGCCGUCACUGGAAGAAAAAAAACAUACAAAAAAAAACAACCUGUAUUGCAUCUUUCGCGAAAAUCACCUAGCUAGGAUUUAAGAACUGAUUCUCUGUAACAUCUAGGUUUUUAAAAAAUAUAUACAUAUAACAAAACGGCUGUGCACGUAGGUCCAACAUACACGAAAACAGCCUCCUGUCAGUGAUCGUUCUCCAUCGAUUGGUAACACAGACGUUCAGAACCUUUACGAAAUCUUACUCGGUACACGAGAAAAUAAGGGAAGGUCGGUUUACAGUAUGUUUUUAGUGAAUGUAUAUACGCGUAGGUGGUGAUGGGAUCAGCGGAGGAUUUCUCCCCGUCACUUCAGUGUUUCUGAACGCUCCGGCAUCUCCAUUUCCGAACAGCUAUGUCACUUUUACGAGACCAUAUGAGAGGCAGCUAUGAUUUGGGUUCGAACAUGCAAUUUUCCGUAGCACUUUAGCUUUUGCGGUGCUGUGAAUCAUAAAGGGAUUUCUAAAGCCAAGUGUAGCUUUAAAAAAAAACAAAACAACAACAACAAAAAAAACAACAUUCUUUCCCGGCAUGGCAUGUAUUAAAAUACACAGUUUCUAGUACAUUCCGACACUUCUUCCAACUUCUCUAUAACAGAUCUCUUCAUAUAAAACACCAGGGCAAGGAUUGACAAUUCAUGUUUAAAAUAAAAAAGCAAAAAAAACCAAAAAAAAAGCAGUGGCAUCGUAUAGUGGAGUCGUAUUACAAAAAAAAAAAAAAUUAUACUAUGUAAUUAUUGCAAAACAAUGCAAAUAGUUUUUACUAGUACUGUAUUAAUUGUAUUACAAAAUUAAAGUGUUACAAAUUGCGACCAUUUUAAUUCAUGCUUUUUGAAAUGCUUUGUUGCUACUAUUAAUAGGAUAUCUGAAAGCACAAGGGAAUUGUUUUUUGUAUGAUCUAUUAAUGUUUAUAAUGUUUCUCUGCCCCCCCCCCCCCACACACAAACACAAACACACACAUCUCGCCUCUACAUCUUCCCCCAGACUUUCUAAUGCAGAGAAACUUAGGAGGAAAGCAAAAAUUGGAUGGACUCUUCAUUUGGAGAAACUAAUAGCACGUUAACUUAAGAUGAAUAGGGAAAUGAUUGCUGAGCCAGAAUUCCCACAAUGCAGCGCAAGUUCCAUUACUUGCCACAGCUGGUGACACUCUGUCCUCAGUGGCUACACGUUGUGCUGCUCGAAUUUCCUUCCCAAUCAUCAUCUACGAUGGGGGAAAUAAAAUGUAUGCAAACAUCGAUCCAUUUAUCUCUCUCUCUCUCUGGUGUGUGUGUGUGUGUGUGUAUGUGUGUGUAUAAAUAUAUAUACACAGUGGGGGAAAUAAGUAUUGAACGUGUCAGCAUUUUUUUCAGUAAAUAUAUUUCCAGUUUUAUUUUCACCAGACAUCAGUAUUAACUCAAGAAAUCUGGAAAUAUAAAGAAUUCACAACAUUAAAGUCCAUAAAUAAAGUUAUGUGUAAUAAAGUGGAAUGAUACAGGAAAAAAGUAUUGAACAUGUUAAGAAAAAGCAGUUCUCCAAAGCAAGGUAAGGCAAGGAACCAGCUGAAAUCCGUAAGUAAUUAUACCCCCUGUCUGUGCAAAUUAAUAUCAGCUGGGUUAAUAAAUUGAUGGUCUAUAAAAAGGCUUUUCGUUACCAAGGUGUCGCACAAGAAACAUCUCAUGAUGGGUGAAAGCAAAGAGCUCUUGAUGGAAUCGGAUACAGACGUAUUUCAAAACUUCUGAAUCUCCCAGUAAGCACCAUUGGGGCCAUCCGCAAGUGGAAGCAACAUCACUCGAUCAUCAACCGGCCACGCACAGGAGCUCGUUGCAAGAUUUCUCACCAGGGAGUCAGAAGAACAGUCAGAAGAGUAGCCCAAGAGCAAAGGACCACUCAGAAAGAGCUCCAGAAACACUUGGAGGCAGCAGGUGCCAUCGUCAUAGAGAAAACAUUUGGCAAUGCACUCCACUGCUCACACUCACCCCACAAGACUCCAUUACUAAAGAAAAGGCAUGUUGAAGCUUGUUUAAAGUUUGCUACAACUCAUUUGGACAAGCCUAUGAAAUACUAGGAGAGUGUAGUCUGGUCAGACGAGAGCAAAAUUGAACUUUUUGGAUGUCAUACUACACACCAUGUUUGGAGAAGAAAUGGCACUGCACAUCACCCUAAAAACACUACACCAACAGUGAAGUUUGGAGGUGAAGCAUCAUGGUGUGGGGCUGUUUUUCAUCACAUGGUACUGGCAGACUUCAUAUAACUGAAGGAACGAUGAAUGGAGCCCUUUACCGGGAGAUUCUUGAGAAGAAUCUGCUGCCAUCCACCAGGAUGAUGAAGAUGAGACGUGGGUGGAGCUUCCAGCAGGACGACGAUCCAAAGCAUACAGCAAAGGAAACUCUUAGUUGGUUUCAGAGGGUAAAACAAUCAAGGUGUUAGAAUGGCCCAGUCAAUCGCCCGACUCAAAUCCAAUUGAACAAGAUUUAAAGACAAUAUGUUGAGAAGAACAGGCCAAAAUCACAUAAAUACUGCGGUCCAUUAAUUUCUUCAUACAGGAAGUGUCUUGAAGUGUCAUUACAAACAAAUGUUUCUCCACUAAGUAUUAAAUGCAUUUCAGUUAGCGUCUUCAAUACUUUUUUUUCCACUUUAUUACACAUAACUUUAUUUAUGGACUUUAAUGUGUGGAUUUCUUGAGUUAAUACCAAAGUCUGGUGACAAUUUCGUGUGAAUAACCUCAUUGGAAAUAUAUUUACUGAAAAAAAUGUUGAUUCGUUCAAUACUCAUUUCCCCCACUGUAUAUACACUACCUAACAAAAGUUUAGACACACUCAUUCUUUAUUUUUAUUUUGUUUUCUCCACAUUGUAGAAUAAAGUCAUCAAAACAUCUGGAGUAACACAAAUAGAACUAUGGGAAUUAUGUUGUGAUAAAAAGUCCAAAAUAAAUGAAAAUAAUUUAGUA